GUGGGUGCAGCGGCCGCAGCUGGAACAGCAGCGGGAACGGCAGCCGGCGGCGGCGGCUCCAGCGGCUCGCCUUGCAGAGGCUGGUCGGAGACAGGGCGGCGGGGACCGGCGGACUUCGGCGGCGGAGAGGAGGCGACGGCCGGUCGCAGCCCGAGGGCUCGGGGGACGCGAUGUGGCGGGGUCGCCUGCUGGGGAUCGCUCUGGGAGUUGCCGUGCUUUGGAUGUCCCAGGCGGACGCCGCCGCCGCCGGGCACGCCGAGGGGGUGAGCAGCGCCAAGGAGAGCCGGGCCAGCCGGGCCAAGAGGCGAGGGCAGGGCGGCGGCGGGCACGACGCGCUCAAAGGACCAAAUGUGUGUGGAUCGCGUUACAAUGCUUACUGUUGCCCUGGAUGGAAAACUUUACCUGGUGGAAACCAAUGCAUAGUCCCAAUCUGCAGACAUUCCUGUGGGGAUGGAUUUUGCUCUAGACCAAACAUGUGCACAUGCCCAAAUGGUCAGAUAGCCCCCUCCUGUGGUUCAAAAUCAAUACAACACUGUAACAUCCGGUGCAUGAAUGGAGGUAGCUGCAGUGAUGACCAUUGCCUCUGUCAGAAGGGAUAUACAGGAACACACUGUGGACAGCCUGUCUGUGAAAAUGGAUGUCUAAACGGAGGGAGAUGUGUGGCUCCAAACCGAUGUGCUUGCACGUAUGGCUUUACUGGACCCCAGUGUGAAAGAGAUUACAGGACCGGCCCUUGCUUCACUUUGGUAACCAACCAGAUGUGCCAGGGACAGCUCAGUGGAAUAGUCUGCACAAAAACCCUUUGCUGUGCAACAGUUGGAAGAGCAUGGGGCCACCCUUGUGAAAUGUGUCCUGCCCAGCCACAUCCCUGCCGCCGAGGUUUCAUUCCAAACAUUCGAACUGGAGCCUGUCAAGAUGUGGAUGAAUGCCAAGCCAUCCCUGGGAUCUGUCAAGGGGGAAAUUGCAUUAAUACUGUUGGAUCUUUUGAGUGCAAAUGCCCAGCUGGACACAAGUUUAAUGAAGUGACACAAAAAUGUGAUGAUAUUGAUGAAUGCAGCACCAUUCCUGGAAUCUGUGAUGGAGGAGAGUGUUCAAACACAGUUAGCAGUUACUUCUGCAAGUGUCCUCCAGGGUUUUAUACAGCUACUGAUGGCUUAAAGUGCAUAGAUGUGCGUCCUGGAUACUGCUUCUCGUCUCUGACCAACGGGCGUUGCAACAACCAGGUCCCCCAGCCCCUGUCCAAAAUGCAGUGCUGCUGUGACAGCGGCCGGUGCUGGUCUUCUGGAGCAGCCACCGCCCCCGAAAUGUGCCCGAUCAGAUCCACCGAUGAGUAUCGCAAAUUAUGCACAGUAGCUGCUCUGCUGCCAGCAAGACCUGAGCUUCCUCCAGGCCGUCCUGAUGUCAUCCCUCCACCACUCAUUCCUGGUGUUUACCCUCCUCAACAGCCAGAAAUUGUCUAUCCUUCUCGGGCUCCACCACCUCAUGUGAUCUUGCCGGUGAACUUCACUGACUAUUGCCAACUGUUCCGCCAUCUCUGCCUUAAUGGACGCUGUAUUCCCACUCCUGGGAGCUACCGCUGCGAGUGCAACAAAGGAUUCCAACUGGAUGUUAGAGGGGAAUGCAUUGAUGUUGAUGAAUGUGAAAAGAAUCCAUGCAUCAGUGGAGACUGCGUGAACACCCAGGGAUCCUACAUAUGCCAGUGUCGUAUAGGAUAUCAGAGCACAGCAACUAGAACAGAGUGCCGAGACAUUGAUGAAUGUUUACAGAAUGGUCGUAUCUGUAAUAACGGACGAUGCAUAAAUACAGACGGCAGUUUUCACUGCGUGUGUAAUGCUGGCUUUCAGGUGGCAGCUGAUGGGAAAAACUGUGAAGAUAUGGAUGAAUGCAGCAUAAGGAACAUGUGCCUCAAUGGGAUGUGCAUCAAUGAAGAUGGCAGUUUUAAAUGCAUUUGUAAACCAGGGUUCCAGUUAGCAUCUGAUGGACGCUAUUGCAGAGACAUCGAUGAGUGUGAGACAGCUGGAAUAUGCAUGAACGGGCGCUGUGUGAACACUGAUGGCUCUUUCAGAUGUGAAUGCUUCCCUGGCCUUGCAGUAGGACUGGACGGGCGCGUGUGUGUCGAUACACAUAUGCGAAGCACAUGCUAUGGUGGCUACAAGAGAGGACAGUGUGUGAGACCAUUAACUGGUGCAGUCACAAAAUCAGAGUGCUGUUGUGCCAGCACUGACUAUGCCUUUGGGGAGCCUUGUCAGCCCUGCCCAGCACAAAAUUCAGCUGAAUAUCAGGCUCUGUGCAGCAGUGGAACUGGCAUGACUGCAGGAGGAAAUGAUAUUAAUGAGUGCUUACUGGAUACUGAUCUCUGUCCAAAUGGAAGGUGUGAGAAUCUGCAUGGAACAUACAAAUGUAUAUGUAACCCUGGAUAUGAAGUGGAUUCAACUGGGAAAAACUGCAUUGACAUUGAUGAAUGCGCGCUGAACAUGCUGCUUUGUGACAAUGGGCAAUGCAGAAAUACUCCUGGAAGUUUCACUUGCACCUGUCCAAAAGGAUUUGUAUACACUCCUGACCUAAAGACAUGUGAAGAUAUUGAUGAGUGCGAAUCUAACCCCUGUGUUAAUGGGGUGUGCAAAAACACACCAGGCUCUUUCGCUUGUGAAUGUUCUCCUGAAAGUACUUUGGAUACAACCAGAACCAUCUGCAUAGAAACUGUCAAGGGUACCUGUUGGCAGAACAUAGUGGAUGGAAGAUGCGAAAUAAAUAUCAAUGGAGCAACUCUGAAGUCCCAAUGCUGUUCCUCGCUGGGUGCUGCUUGGGGAAGCCCGUGUACACCAUGUGAACGAGACCCAAUAUGUCAGAAGGGAUAUUCGAGAAUAAGAGGAACAUUGUGUGAAGAUGUAAACGAAUGUGAGGUGUUUCCUGGAGUCUGUACAAAUGGGCAGUGUGUCAAUACCUUGGGAUCGUUUGUUUGCCAAUGCCCCAGUGGAAUGACUUUAGAUGCUUCUGGACGGACGUGUCUUGACAUUCGCUUGGAGAGUUGCUAUCUGCAGCAUGAAGAUGAACAGUGCACCUCACAAAUACCAGGCCGACACCGAAUGGAUGCUUGCUGCUGUUCAGUGGGGGCAGCGUGGGGCUUUGAGUGUGAGGAGUGUCCUCUGAAGGGAUCCCCUGAAUUUGAAGCUCUUUGUCCAAGAGGAUCUGGGUUCUCUACAAAGAUAGAGAUAACUGGGAAACCUUUCUCUAAAGAAACCAGAAGACAGAGUGGUUCUUUUGGAAACUCCUUUUGCCCUUAUAUCAAUGAAUGUAAAAUGUUCCCCAGUCUUUGUACCCAUGGAAAAUGCAGAAAUACCAUUGGCAGCUUUAAAUGUAGAUGUGACAGUGGGUUUGCCCUAGAUUCUGAAGAGAGGAAUUGCACAGAUAUUGACGAAUGCCGCAUUUCUCCUGAUCUUUGUGGCCAAGGCAUCUGUGUCAAUACUCCUGGAGACUUUGAAUGUGAAUGCUUUGAAGGCUAUGAAAGUGGAUUUAUGAUGAUGAAAAACUGCAUGGACAUUGACGAGUGUCAGCGCAAUCCCCUUCUCUGCCGAGGAGGCACCUGCAUCAACACAGAGGGGAGUUUUCGGUGCGAUUGUCCUCCAGGCCAUCAGAUAUCACCAAAUAUCUCUGCAUGUAUAGACAUUAAUGAAUGUGAACUAAGCACCAACCUGUGCCGAAAUGGACGUUGUGUCAACCUGAUUGGAAAGUAUCAGUGUGCUUGCAACCCUGGAUAUCAGUCCACACCUGACAAGUUAUACUGUGUCGAUAUCGAUGAGUGCAGCAUAAUGAAUGGUGGCUGUGAGAACUUCUGUACAAACUCGGAGGGCAGCUAUGAAUGUAGCUGUAAACAAGGCUUUGCACUCAUGCCAGACCACAGGACAUGCACUGAUAUUGAUGAAUGCAGAGAGAUUCCUGGAGUGUGUGAAAAUGGGAUCUGUAUAAACAUGGUUGGCAGCUUCCGAUGCGAGUGUCCCGUGGGUUUCUUCUACAAUGACAAGCUCCUAAUCUGCGAAGAUAUUGAUGAAUGCCAAAAUGGACCAGUGUGUCAGCAAAAUGCAGAAUGUGUCAACACAGCUGGUAGCUACCGUUGUGACUGUAAACCUGGCUACAGGUUCACAUCAACUGGCCGCUGCACUGAUCGGAAUGAAUGUCAAGAAAUUCCCAAUAUCUGCAGCCACGGGCAGUGUAUUGACACUGUUGGAAGUUUCUACUGCAUUUGUCACAACGGUUUCAAGACCAAUGAUGACAGAACAAUGUGUAUAGAUAUUAAUGAGUGUGAAAGAGAUGCCUGCGGCAAUGGAACCUGCAGAAACACCAUUGGCUCUUUCAACUGCCGCUGCAAUUUAGGGUUCAUCCUCUCACACAACAAUGACUGCAUAGAUGUGGACGAAUGUGCAAGUGGAAAUGGAAUGCUCUGCAGGAAUGGUCAGUGUGUGAACACGAUUGGCUCCUUCCAGUGUCUUUGCAAUGACGGCUAUGAGGUGGCUCUGGAUGGAAGGACUUGUGUUGAUGUCAAUGAGUGUGCACUGGACCCUGGAAAAUGCUCACCAGGCACAUGUCAGAACUUGGAUGGAUCAUUCAGAUGUAUCUGUCCUCCUGGAUAUGUCCUGCAGAAUGACAAAUGCGAAGACAUUGAUGAGUGUGUGGAACAGCCGGAAAUUUGUGCCCUGGGCACAUGCAGCAACACUCCAGGCAGUUUCAAAUGUCUGUGUCCAGAAGGCUUUGUGUUGUCUUCCACAGGAAGGCGAUGCCAAGAUCUGAGAGUGAGUUACUGCUUUACCAGAUUUGAAGAUGGAAAAUGUUCUGUGCCGAAGUCCCGAAACCACUCCAAACAAGAGUGUUGCUGUGCCUUAAAGGGACAGGGAUGGGGAGAUCCCUGUGAACUCUGCCCAGAGGAAGCAGAUGAGGCAUUCAGACAGAUUUGUCCAUUUGGAAUUGGCAUCCUUGUUGGACCUGGUGAUGCAAGACUGGAUGUGGACGAGUGCCUUGAUCCAGAUAACUGUAGAUUUGGGCAGUGUAUCAACACAGAUGGGUCUUUCCGCUGUGAGUGUCCAUAUGGUUACAUCCUACAAGGAGCUCAAUGUGUGGAUACUGAUGAAUGUGCUGUUGGAAACCCAUGUGGAAAUGGAACUUGCAGGAAUGUGGUGGGAGGUUUUGAAUGCACCUGCGUUGAGGGAUUUGAGCCUGGACCAAUGAUGACCUGUGAAGAUGUCAACGAGUGCAUUCAGAACCCUCUGCUCUGCGCUUUCCGCUGCGUGAACACUUUUGGAUCCUACGAAUGCAAGUGCCCCGCGGGGUACGUUCUGCGCGAGGACCGGAGAAUGUGCAGAGAUCAGAAUGAGUGUGAAGAAGGAAUUCAUGACUGUGACUCAAAACAGAUGGAGUGCAAAAACCUGAUUGGCACCUACAUGUGUAUCUGUGGACCAGGUUAUCAGCGCAGACCAGAUGGGGAAGGCUGUAUGGAUGAGAACGAAUGUCAGACCAAACCCGGGAUCUGUGAGAAUGGCCGUUGUGUGAACACAGUGGGAAGUUACAGAUGUGAAUGCAACGAGGGAUUCACUGCCAGUGACACCCAGAACGAAUGCCUUGACAACAGGGAGGGCUACUGCUUCACUGAAGUCUUACAAAGUAUGUGUCAAAUCGGAUCAAGCAACAGGAACUCUGUCACCAAGUCUGAAUGCUGCUGCGAUGGUGGCCGAGGCUGGGGGCAAAACUGUGAGGUCUGCCCCUUCCCAGGCACUGUGGCCUUCAAGAAACUCUGCCCUCAUGGCCGAGGAUACAUGUCUAAUGGAGCAGAUAUUGAUGAGUGCAAGGUUAUUCAUGAUGUCUGCCGUAAUGGAGAAUGCAUCAAUGAGAGGGGAUCUUAUCGUUGUCAUUGCAACCUUGGCUAUACUACAGAUAUAACUGGCACUCUUUGCAUAGAUCUGAACGAAUGUAAUGAGUCCCCCAAACCUUGCAAUUUCAUCUGUAAAAACACAGAGGGGAGCUUCCAGUGUUCGUGUCCGAAAGGAUACAUCCUUCAAGAAGAUGGGAGAAGCUGCAAAGAUCUUGAUGAAUGCGCAACAAAGCAGCACAACUGCCAGUUCCUUUGCGUCAACACUAUUGGUGGUUUCACUUGUAAAUGUCCUCCUGGAUUCACUCAGCACCAUACAGCCUGCAUUGAUAAUAAUGAGUGUGCUACUGAAAUCAAUUUAUGUGGGGCGAAGGGUAUUUGCCAGAAUACACCAGGAAGUUUUGUUUGUGAGUGUCAACGUGGCUUCUCACUCGAUCAAACCGGGCUUAGCUGUGAAGAUGUUGAUGAAUGUGAUGGAAACCACCGGUGUCAACAUGGUUGCCAGAAUAUAAUUGGAGGAUACAGGUGUAGCUGCCCACAAGGAUAUCUCCAGCAUUACCAGUGGAACCAAUGUGUUGAUGAAAAUGAAUGUCUCAGUGCACACAUUUGUGGAGGAGCAUCUUGCCACAAUACUUUGGGAAGCUAUAAAUGUAUGUGCCCAACUGGAUUUCAGUAUGAACAGUUUAGUGGCGGUUGCCAAGAUAUCAAUGAAUGCGGUUCUGCACAAGCCCCAUGCAGUUAUGGUUGUUCAAAUACAGAAGGUGGCUAUGUCUGUGGAUGUCCACCUGGUUACUUCAGAAUAGGACAAGGACACUGUGUAUCUGGAGUGGGGCUAGGCAAAGGUCAAGGACAAGAGCUUUCACUCAGUGGAGAAGUGGAUGACAACUCCCUCUCUCCAGAAGCUUGUUACGAAUGUAAAAUCAAUGGCUAUCCCAAGAGAGGAAGGAAGCGCAGAAGCACUAAUGAAACUGCAAAUGAAGCAGAGGAUCAGCAAGAGCUGCAGCCGCCCAUCAGUCUCGCCAGCUGGGAUGUUGAGAAAGCAGCAGUCUUCUCCAUCAACAUCUCGGAUCUGAGUAACAAAGACCGCAUCCUGGAACUGCUUCCUGCCCUCACAACACUGACAAACCAUAACCGAUAUUUAAUUGACUCCGGAAAUGAAGACGGUUUCUUUAGAAUCAAUAAGAAGGACGGGAUAAGUUACCUUCAUUUCACAAAGAAGAAGCCAGUGCCUGGAAACUAUUCAUUACAAAUCAGUAGUAUUCCACUCUAUAAAAAGAAGGAACUUAACCAGCUUGAAGAGAAACAUGACAAAGACUACCUCAGUGGCGAGCUGGGAGAUAACCUGAAAAUGAAAAUUCAGAUAUUGCUUCAUUAAUUCAUCAACCAAAGACCAAAUAAUUAAACCAAAGAUAGAUAGGUAGGACUGAAUAUUCCUCCCAAUCAGAUUCUCCAUAUCAUAGGUACAAUCUUACAUGAGUACAUUGGUAUGAACAAGCACUAUUAUAUUAUUACAUAAACAAGGUACAGGAUGAAUACCCUAGCUCAAAACAACCACUUUCUCAGGCUUUCACAUGUAGCUGAGCUACCUUGAUAUGUUGAAUCUUGAAAACUGGGACUUUUAUCCUUGGAAGUUGGCCACUGAUGCUGAGACACGUCAUCAUUUCAGCAGAGGUACAAGAAUGUGCUUUCAACUGAUGGACAGCUCUAUUUUUGUAAUUCUUAAACUUCGCUUCUCCAACUACAACUUACUAGGUCAGCCAUUUAUGAUAUCCAUUUGGUGCUAGUAAAUUUUCAACCUAGAUUUAUAAAUGCACUGUAAUAUUUACACAACUUAGAAGCCAAAAUUGCCAUUAUUCAGUCUAAAUACUUCAAUCAACCAAAGUUAGCUCAGUAGUUUAUCUCAGUUAUGCCUAUAAUACAUUACAUGUAAAUUAAGUGUGUGUAUACUGUAAUCAUGCUAUUUUUAUCAAUGAAGCAUUUGUAAACUAGAUUAAUAAUACCCUUAAUGUGAGGGUUUGUAAUGGUGCUUAUAAGACCAACUACUUGUUAACUGUAUACACAAACCUGAUGACAAAGUUUCUGUGACUUGCCAAAAUGCACUGAGGUCAGUAGGGACCAUUAAACAUUCUCAAAAGUCAGAUGACAAUCAGUGCCAUCCUACACCAUGACAUUAUGUAAUGUGUCAAGAGUACCCACAGCCAUUCCUAUCAGCAAGGGUUCAAUGUCAUAAAUGUCACAAUAAAACAGUCUUUUUUUUAGUUUA